CGACUCCACCCCAUAUGCUGGCGCUGAGUCCACUGUCUAGAUUGUGCUGACUCCUGGAUGAACGGAAUGGAUGAAGGAGGAAUUGAGACAAUUUGAGUAUUUCAAUGGAUUCAAUUGGAGGACCACUUACUUUCUGCGAGUCCAGUUGCGUGGUCCCAUUACACGUAGUUUUGGUGUCAAUAUGUGAGCCUUUCUGAAAGCUCUGCUGUCAUGUUCUCCUCGCCUUGCAAUAGAAUCAUAAAAUUUAGUGUUACAUUGCUCUGCUACAUGUGCUAGCAUCGGUGUCAUUACUACAUCAGUCCUACUGCGAGUGUAUUGUGCAUGUUUCAACUUGCCCACGAUCAGAAAAUAGUUUCCCGUGCGUCUCGAGUUCGUUUCUUGAUUCUGGUUUGAAUCUGUUUGCGGCGAAAUUCUAUUCUCCUGGAGGUACAUGUUAUAUCUAUCUGAAUGCUGGAAUGCUGUUCAAGUGUUGAUGGUAUAACAACUAGUCCUAGUAGUAUUACAGCAACGCGCUGAAAGCGUGAUGGCAGAAUCUCGAGACGAUUCUUCGUCGUCAUCGUCCUCAUCAAGUCAACAGGAUGUCGAGAACGACGGAAACAAUGAAAACAGGAUCAAAUUUAGAGAUUUACCAGCCAAGAAGAAGGUCAAGGUGGCAUCACGCACUGUCGCUCUAUUGGUCGGUCUGUUGGGACUGCUGUAUAUCUUUGUGUGCUCAUUGUCACUGAUGGGAUCGGCGUUUCAGCUACUUGGCGGCAAGCAAGCUGGCGAAACGCUAUCGAAUAGCUCUCUGUUCAACAACCCAGUAGCAGCAUUGGUCCUGGGUGUUCUGGUUACAGUGCUGCUGCAGAGCUCGUCGACGACCACCUCAAUUAUUAUCAGCAUGACAGCGUCUGAAAUAUUGCAAGUGAAGCAGGCCAUAUUCAUGGUGAUGGGCGCCAACAUUGGCACGUCCGUCACCAACACCAUUGUGUCCAUGACGCAGAUCACGAGCCGUGAUGAGUUCCGGCUGGCGUUCUCCGGCGCUACUGUGCACGACGUGUUUAACUUUCUGACCGCGCUCACUCUGCUGCCCGUGGAGGCUGUUAGUGGCUAUCUGCUGCACCUGUCCACUGCCAUUGUGGAUAGCUGGCACUUGGACAGCUCCAAUAAGGGCACGCAACAGGAGCUGCUCAAGGCAAUCACCAAGCCACUCACCAACAGAGUGGUGCAAAUCGAUAAGAAACCGCUGCAGCUGAUUGCCGAAGGCAAGCUCAACGCGACGGACGCACAGCUGCUGAAGCAGUAUUGCUCAAGCUUUACUCGUCGUCUGGACAACUGCACUGUAACCGCCGUACUGAGCACUGGACCACCAGCUGUUGCCAAUGUCAGUAAUGUCACCACUUCGCCUACGAUUGCAUCGGAAGCUGUCACGGUUGCGACCAGCGCUGUGCAGGAUAGUCUGACAAACUACACCCUGAACGCCCUUGACGAGACCUGUUUACGAGAAGAACAGGUGCCGUGUGACUAUCUCUUCCAUGGCUCCAGUCUUCCGGAGAGCGCCGUGGGUGCUAUCCUACUAGUCUGGUCGUUGGUUAUGCUGUGCGUGUCGCUUGUACUGAUGGUCAAGGUGUUGACACGUCUGCUGCGUGGCCAGCUGUCCAAAUCCGCCAAGAGCACGGUUAAUGCGGACUUUCCGGGCCGGGCCGCCGUCCUGACGGGUUACUUUGCUAUUCUGAUCGGCGCUGGCCUGACCAUGCUCGUGCAGUCUAGCUCUGUGUUCACUUCGUCAUUGACGCCGCUGGUGGGCCUGGGCAUCAUCGAUCUGGAGCGCAUGUAUCCGCUGACGCUGGGCGCCAACAUUGGCACCACCAUUACCGGCAUGUUGGCAGGCCUUGCCAGCAGUAAUGUGGAGCUUGCUAUGAAGGUUGCAAUGGCACAUCUCUUCUUCAACAUCACCGGCAUUCUCCUGUUCUACCCAAUACCGCCGCUGAGAAGGAUACCGUUGCGAGCGGCGCGCUUUCUCGGUGCCACCACGGCAAAGUAUCGCUGGUUUGCCAUAGCCUACCUGAUCAUUCUCUUCCUUGUGUGUCCCGGGAUUAUCUUCGGGCUGUCACUGGCCGGAUGGCGUGUGCUACUUGGUGUUGGCCUACCCAUACUAAUAGCAAUUUGUCUCAUUGUUGCCAUCAACGUUCUGCAAAAGAAACACCCUCACGUCUUGCCUAAACAACUGCGCAGCUGGUCCUUCCUGCCUGAGUGGCUCAAGUCUUUGAAGCCAUACGACAGGGUAUUCAGAGAAACGGCUCGCCAAUGCCGCUGCUGCCGCGACCAGGGUUACGAUACAGAGGAGGGCAGCAGCUAUGAAAACUCCACGUCAAGCACUCCCGCGGAAGACGACCACAAGCUUGGGCUUUCCAGGCAAACCACUGUCACGUUGUGCACGGAAUCAUCCGUGUAAUCGACCUGUAUUAUAGGCUUGGUGGAUUUUGAGAUCUUUUUUUUUUAUAUAGACAUACAUAGACGUAAGUGCGUGCUCUGCCGGUCAGAGGCCACUACUUUUAGGUAGUUUCCUAGACGUCGUGCUCUGAUAUUACUCUGCUGAUACCGAGCUGUCAAGUACAUGUCUAGAUGUACCCGUUGUCUACAGUCAUGUGUUUUGUGUGGCGCUGGCUGCUUCUUGCCGCCACUGCUGUACAACACACUACUGGGUCGCACUGCUGCUUUUUGGUGUCAACUUGAAAAUGUAACUAUGGCAUCGACUGCCAGUGCACAGGGCAAUGCUUAAACCCUUUUUCUAUUUACCUGUGCGGUGGCCACUAUCUGUGCAGUUUGCCACCUACCGUAUAUUCUCUAUUAUAAGCACAGGUCUCCAUUACUAGCACAGUCUCUAAUACUAGCACACUGUGAGCCCCUUUCGAAACAUUAUUAGCACGGUCCUGGUGGAAAUCAAUGCUGCAUGCAUGAUAUCUAGCAUGUAUUUCUUCUUGCUCUGUAUGGAUGUACAGUGCGGAUCGGCUAUAGGGUUGUCGGCUAUAGUAUUAUACCUCUUAUAGUGAUCGUAUUCUCUAGCUUUUCAAUCUUUAAAAGUAGGACGGUAUAUUAACACAAACAUGCAUGUACUAGUUCUAUUUUUUAGCAAUCUCUUCAGGUUUCAGCUGCUGUGGGAAACUAUUUUAGUCUUAUUUUCAUUCUCUUUCAUUUUGGAUUAAUUUGUUCCUUUCUGGUUUUUAAAAUAUUCUGCAACCAUGCGCCUCUUGUGCACAAGUUAUUUAUUAUUUUAGAUUGUUACGCGAUCUCUACCUCUUUCUCCCCCCCCCCCCCCCCCCCCCCCGUCUCUCUCUCUCCCUCUUGCUCACUCUGCAUUAUCUAGCAUUUUCUUCUUUUUAUUUUUUAAGCCAAUAUGCUCAAAGGAUCUAACUAUAAUUAUACCAGUACACGAAAGAAGCGUUGUUUUUCUGGUACAGUAUUAUAAUGAUGUUAUUUAUGGUUUUGUUCCAUUCAGUACUGUCUUGUUUAGAAGCCAGUUUGAAAAUAAGCCUGAUAUUCAA